AUGAUUAUCGAGUACGUGUUAGGUUUUUGUGCAAAGAAGCUUUGUCUACUUUGCGCAAGAGCAAGAACAUUAAUUUCACCGUUUUUGUCUUCUCUCUUUUCUCGGUGCCCCAGGCUUGGCCAGAUUGAUCAACCAAGAUGGGAUGACUUACCUACGGACUGUUUGGUGAAUGUGUUGGAAAAAGUUGGUAUGAGGUCCUUGCUCUUGGAUGUCCCUUUUGUGUGCAAGUCAUGGUACAGGGCUAGCCUCCACCCUUUAUGCUGGCAACGUCUCAUUUUUGUUGACACUGAAACUAAGAUGGACCUUGAAACUCAUCGACUUUGGCGUUAUCACAGUGAAAUUGAAGCUGAGAUCGACAUUCAAUCUGAUCGUCUCUGCUUCGAAUCCUUGAUGAGUAGAUUUGUAUUUCAAUAUCAAAUUGAUGAUAGCUGUUUCUCAGAUACCGCAUUUAUAACGUCUGUAGUCAAUCGCAGCAGAGGACAUGCAACUUUCCUGAGGCUACCUGGAUUCUGUCCAGAAGCAGCAUUGAAAUAUGUUGGGGAUGUGUGUCAUGAACUUAAGGGUUUGUCUUUGCCCAGACGUUUACUGCUUUGUUCAUCAAGCAUUGUAAAAGAAUUGAUUGGAAAGUGCAAACAUUUGGAGUUGUUGUCACUGGGAGGUAGCCAUAAUUUGGAGGAGAUUCUGUUACAGUUCAGCAUGGGAUGCUGCAGGAAUUUUCUAAACAUAAAUGUGCCAGCUGUUUUAAUGAAUAGACAAGGAGCAAUGAAGAUUCCCUAUUUGAUUCCUAAUGUUAGCUUCCUGAGCAGCUAUAAUUUGGAGGAAAUCCUUGCACAGAUCCGCAUUCACUGCAAGAACUUUUGCCGUUUAAAUAUGUCGGGUGCUUUAAUCAAAAGAGAAGACGUGAUGGCAAUUGUCAGCUUGCUUCCUCAUAUUAAGUACCUAAUCCUGAGGAAGGCAUACAUUGAUCGGGACGAUCUUCUCACAUUACUGCGAGGCUGCACAGAACUUGUGCUUUUGGAUGCAAGGGAUUGCUCUGGUUUUGACGAAGGUGAUGUUGAAAUAUCAGUGCUUGCUUCUCAUAUUGGUAAGUUCAGCUGUGAGGGUUCUAAGUGUGUUGAUGACCCUCUUUUGUGGUUGCGUACUCACAUAAGCAUUUAG